UCUCCUUUGUCUGGUUGUGGUAUCUCCUCAAGACACGAAAUGUUGGACCUCUGAAAGAAGAAGAGUGAAUUGUUUUUGUCCUCCACUGCUGUGCAUGGUGUGACAUCCUGAAAGAGAAGAUGUUGGCCACAAAGUCGCCCUACACUGCGUCUGCGAUUCCCUCCAACACCCAACAAAUACCUGGUCGAACGUUCUCCGAAGGCACCCAGAGAACGCAGAUGUCCUCGCUGGCUCUACAGGACGAACUAUUCACAUCCCCAACCAACUCUGAAUUUUCCGACGUGUACGAUGGCCUCGACUCGAUCCGAGCAUGGGACGAGAAGAAAGUUGGAGAAUGGCUACACAGUAUCCGCUGCGGACAAUAUGAAUCGUUGUUCAGGGCCAACAACUUCACCGGUGAAAGUCUGCUAGAGUGUGACCCGAAGAUACUGUCCGAACUGGGAAUCAAAAAGAUUGGAGAUCGUGUCCGAAUCAAUGUGGCCAUAAAACAACUACGAAACAAGUCGUCUUUAUCACGGACGAAGAGAAAUAGGGAUUCACUUGCCAUUCUCGAUGGCUUUGCGGGUACCCCGUCAUCCUCGGAUUCUCCUCGCACUCAGGGGUCGAGGUCGCAACUUGGAAGUGCGAAGAGGUUCUCCCGUCAAAUAGACCCUUCUGCACUGCAAAACUUUGCCGCCGCCAGUGGGGGCUUCAAGAGUGGUUCGCGGCCGAGCUCGCCCCUGGCCGAUGUCCAUAGCGCGGCCUUGCGUGCUCAUCGUUAUGCUGGGAGUCCAAUGGAAACUGCAAGAAAUACUCAGACCACGGGGUACUUCAGUCAGCCGGGUUCGGCCAAUUCGACGUCUGGGAAGCGGCCGGAAACGCCUCAGAUCGCAGUCCAACCAGCCAGGACCACUCACAUGCGCCAGGCUUCCAGUAUCGAUGGUCUGACGCCAGGUGGAUUGCCGGCUGGGUCACCGGUCAUUAAGAUUAUCCACGGCGACGGCCAAACGAAGGUUAUCAAUAUCAAAUUCUGUAGGACAGCGGAUGAUGUGACCUCGACCGUGCUGAAGAAGCUGCUCAUGCCAGAGACUCACUUUCGGAAUUACUGCUUCUAUGUCCUUACUGGCCUAGAACCAAAUCCCGGCAAUUGCCGCCGACUCAGCGAUGCUGAGCUUAUGAAAAUCUGUGGCGACUCGACGCGAUCCGAGAGGAACAGAUUGAUUCUGCGGAAAAUCAACGAUGGACUUCCCAAUUCUGAAGAGUUGCGCAAGGCUGCAAAAUUGGCUUCUGACGAGUCACUUGUUCUGCACAACAAUGCGUUAAGCACGAACAACAUGCGAAAUCAGAUCAAGCUCCAAAAGCUGACGGGAGAAUCAUGGCAUCACAUCCAAGCUCCCAUGUCCCCGGUCACCACAACCGACCGCAACCGAAAUAUUAUGGCUACUGCGGACGACAACGAACGACAAGAGGCACAACAGCAUCUCAGAAUCCCGAGUAAUCAGAGCACCAAAUUGCGGUCGUUCUAUGGUGCCCGACCUCCAAGCGAGAUGAUCAUCGAGGAUGUCGGAUCAUAUUUCCCGGCACAAAAGCGAGAGGAUAUCGAAAAGACCAUGAGAAUGUCUGUCCGGCGGUCCCAGCGCAUGAGUCGAGCUCAAAGUCGAUUGAGCGUCAUGAGCAAUGCCAGCUAUGCUUCCAGCUUGAAAGACGCCCCCCCUGUUCCGAGCAUUCCCAGCAUUGCCGACUCGUGGCUUGCCGUGGGCGAAAAGGCAGGAUUGGGAGGAGCGCGGACGUCUAGCCUCCGACCACUCUCUGUGAUAUCGACACGAUUCAACUUGCCAACGUCCUCUUUUCGCGACUCCAUAGCCUCUUCGACCCUUCAUCCACUGCAAGAAGAGUCUCCACAGGAGCCAAACAGAAGGUCGUAUGUGUCGUUCAACAGCAGUUCCGACUCUGCUUCAGCAAGAAAUCUAGAUCGAGCUAGCUACCUAGACGACAGUAGCCUAGGCCCGGAAACCAUCAACCAUCGCUUGUCCGUCAUUGUCGCUGAAGAUGGAGAGGAAGAGGACCAAGAGUUGACCUCUUUCCUCCGGGGCAACAGCUUCGGCAAAGACAACUGGAUGAAAGGCGAUCUCAUUGGCGAGGGCUCGUUUGGUAGCGUCUAUCUCGCCUUGCAUGCCGUCACGGGCGAACUCAUGGCCGUCAAGCAGGUCGAACUGCCCAACGUGGCCAAAGGCACGGAGGGAGACAAGAAGAAGGCGUUGAUGAUUUCCGCCCUCAAACAAGAAAUCACUCUGCUCCAGGGCUUGCGCCAUCCUCAUAUCGUGCAGUAUCUUGGCACAUCUUCGGACGAAGACCACUUGAACAUCUUCCUGGAGUAUGUCGCUGGCGGCUCCAUCGCAGGAAUGCUCAAGCAGUACAACACCUUCCAGGAACCUCUGGUCCGCAACUUCACGCGUCAGAUCCUCGAGGGUCUGUCGUACCUUCACGCCCAAAAUAUUAUCCACAGAGACAUCAAGGGCGCCAAUAUCCUGGUGGACAACCGUGGCGCCGUCAAAAUUUCCGAUUUUGGUGUGUCCAAGCAGACUAACUUCAGCGGUAUGAACACCGCGCCGGGAACGCGCACCUCGCUGCAAGGAAGCGUGUUCUGGAUGGCGCCGGAAGUCGUGAGGCAGAGCGGCCAAUCCAUUAAGUCGGAUAUUUGGUCUGUUGGGUGUCUGAUCGUCGAGAUGUUCACGGGCUCGAGGCCCUUCCCGUCCAUGACGACGCUUCAGACCCUCUUUGCUGUGGGCAGUAACAAUGAGAAGCCGAGCAUUCCGGAAAACGCAAGCGAGGAUGCGAAGAAGUUCAUGAAUAAGACUUUCGAAGCCGAUCACGAGAAGAGGCCGGGCGCAGACGAGUUGCUCAAGGAGAAAUUCUUGCUGCCUAUGGCUUGAGUAAAACGGGCGUUAUGAUCUGAGGUUGAGCUUGUCGUAGUAGUACAGGUCACUUCGUUGCUUUGUAUUAUGUAUACCAUUACAUGACCACUGUGCGUGGGGUGGAAAGAUAGGAAGGAGCCUCUCAAUGAAGACCAUCUCGCUGAUAUAUAUCGGCGUUGGUACCACACGCUCGCUUUGGCCUCCUGGUAUUCUACGUUGCUAUGAGUUGCAAUGAUUAUAAUCACGAAUUCCAUGCUA